AUGCGUCGCACGACCGGCUGCCCACUGAGCCAGAUCUGCAUCCCCCCUCCUGCCGUCCUGGUGAGGAGCUUCCCGGUGAGAUCCAGCCUGGACCCCUGCGGCACCACCGGCAGCUUCCAGAGCCUCCCUCCCCGCGGCAGCCCCUGCUGCUACCCCGGCACCACCACCUACGUCAGCCUGGGGAGCCUGGCCGCGGCCCAGGCCGCCGGCGGCGCCAACUGCGGCCUUGUGGCCACCAUGCGCGGCCCCCCGUGCUGCCAGGGCGUGCCCGGGUGCACCACAACGUGCCCGAAGCCCUGCUGCUGCUGCUGGGUGACCGAGAGCAGCACCAGGAGCCGGGACUGCUGCCAGGAGGUGGCCAAGUGCUCCUCAGCCACGUGCCAGGAUCCGUGCUGCCAGGAGGUCACCAAGUGUGUCACCACGUGCCAGGAUCCGUGCUGCCAGGAGGUCACCAAGUGUGUCACCACGUGCCAGGAUCCGUGCUGCCAGGAGGUCACCAAGUGUGUCACCACGUGCCAGGAUCCGUGCUGCCAGGAGGUCACCAAGUGUGUCACCACAUGUCAGGAUCCGUGCUGCCAGGAGGUCACCAAGUGUGUCACCACGUGCCAGGAUCCGUGCUGCCAGGAGGUCACCAAGUGUGUCACCACAUGUCAGGAUCCGUGCUGCCAGGAGGUCACCAAGUGUGUCACCACGUGCCAGGAUCCCUGUUGUAAGGAAGUCACCAAGUGUGUCACCACGUGCCAAGACCCCUGCUGCAAGGAGGUUACCACCACAUGCGCCACAACGUGCCAGGAUCCCUGUUGUAAGGAGGUCACCAAGUGUGUCACCAGGUGUGUGGAUCCCUGCUGUAAGGAGGUCGCCAAGUGUGUCACCACGUGCCAGGAUCCCUGUUGUAAGGAAGUGACCAAGUGUGUCACCACGUGCCAAGACCCCUGCUGCAAGGAGGUGACCACGUGCACCACCACGUGUGUGGAUCCCUGCUGCCAGGAGGUCACCAAGUGUGUCACCACGUGCCAAGACCCCUGCUGCAAAGAGGUGACCACGUGCACCACCACGUGUGUGGAUCCGUGUCGUAAGGAGGUCACCAAGUGUGUCACCACGUGCCAGGAUCCCUGUUGUAAGGAGGUGACCAAGUGCACAACCACAUGCCAAGACCCGUGUUGCAAGGAAGUGACCACGUGUACCAUGUGUGUGGACCCGUGUUGUCAGGGGAAGGGGACCAAGUGCAGCUCCAGAUGUGUGGAUCCAUGCUACAAGAAGGUGCCCAAGUGCUCCACCCCGUGUGUGGACCCAUGUUGUCAGGAGGUCACCAAGUGCAGAACCAGAUGUGUGGAUCCCUGCUGCCAGGAGGUCACCAAGUGCGUCACCACGUGCCAAGAUCCCUGCGGCAAGGAGGUCACCAAGUGUGUCACCAGGUGUGUGGAUCCCUGCUGCCAGGAGGUCGCCAAGUGCAGAACCAGAUGUGUUGAUCCAUGUUGUCAGGAGGUCACCAAGUGUGUCACCACAUCUGUGGAUCCUUGUUGUAAGGAAGUCACCAAGUGUGUCACCACGUGUGUGGAUCCUUGUUGUAAGGAAGUCACCAAGUGUGUCACCACGUGUGUGGAUCCUUGUUGUAAGGAAGUCACCAAGUGUGUCACCACGUGUGUGGAUCCGUGUUGUAAGGAGGUCACCAAGUGCACCACCAGAUGCGUUGACCCGUGCUGCCAGGAGGUCACCAAAUGUGCCACCAGGUGUGUGGACCCCUGCUGCCAGGGAGUGACCACCUGCACCACCACCUGCCAAGACCCCUGCUGCCAGGGUGUCACCAGAUGUGUCACCACCUGCCAAGACCCCUGCUGCCAGGGAGUGACCACCUGCCCCACCACAUGCCAAGACCCCUGCUGCCAGGCUGUCACCAGAUGUGUCACCACCUGCCAAGACCCCUGCUGCCAGGGAGUGACCACCUGCCCCACCACGUGCCAAGACCCCUGCUGCCAGGGAGCGACCACCUGCACCACCACCUGCCAAGACCCCUGCUGCCAGGGAGUGACCACCUGCCCCACCACGUGCCAAGACCCCUGCUGCCAGGGAGUGACCACCUGCCCCACCACCUGCCAAGACCCCUGCUGCCAGGGAGUGACCACCUGCCCCACCACGUGCCCAGCCCCGUGCUGCGUCCCCAGCUGUCCCCCUCCGUGUGCGGACCCCUGCUGUGCCACCCCGCAGUGCCGCGGGGGCGCCCAGGUUGUCACCAGGUGCGCCGACUCCUGUCCCACCACCUGCGUCACCCAGACCUGCCCGGUGUGCGGCCAGCGCUGCUCCGUCUCCUGCUGCCCCAAAUUCCGGGCUCGCUGAGGGGCUCCGGGGUGGGAUCCGAAGGAGACCCCGCUCCCCGUGGCGGUUUCCCCGUGGAAUCUCCAAAGGAAGAGUAAAUCCUCAUUUUCCUCGCGUUCUGCCCCGUUCCUGCUGUUUUUCACCUCAAGAAAGCGCCGUUCCUCACGGGAUGUCACCGAGCGAUUUUGUGCCCCCGGGAUUGUUCCCCGGGAGAAAGAAUCUGCAGUUCCCCCUCGCACCGGGAGUGCCAUGGAGGAAUUCCCCUCUUUGUUCUUCCUCCUGAUCUUUUUCCUU